UCUCUUUCCCACCACCCACCAUUCUCGAACCUCAGACUCAACUGCAACUACAUCAACCUAAAUUCGCAGUCAAGGCGGCAGAAGCGACACAUCUCCGGUACUUCUGCUCAUCUAGAGAACCACUGUCUAUUAUUCCGGCUACGGGUAUGUUCCUACGCAUUCCUUGCUUCUGAGAUUCUUGUCACUGCGCAUUUCACUCUGCCCCACAUGCGCUCUUCGCGCGUUUGUUGCGAAACCCACUCUGUGCAAAGAUAACAUCACAGGCAUCUCACUUCAACGCUCUAGCGAAGAUGUCGUCCACUGAGAACACCGACAAGCCGGUCGAGGAGGUCAAGGCUGAGGAGGUCAAGGCCGAGGAACCUGCCCAGGCGGCUACUGGCACGACUGACAAGCCAACCUCUUCUUCCGUCUUCUCCAUGUUCGGCGGUGGCGCUAAGAAGGAAAAGAAGGACGAGGAGGAAGGACGAGGCGACGUCUCUGGCAGCGCCAAGGCCCAGCGCGAGGCGGCUGCAGCUGCCAAGGAGGGCGAAGAAGACGAGCAAGCUCCCGAAUCCGAGGAUAUCCAUUUCGAGCCCGUCAUCCACCUGACAGAGAAGAUUGAUGUCAAGACCAACGAGGAAUCCGAGGAGCAACUCUUCAAGAUGCGAGCGAAGCUGUUUAAGUUCGUCCGCGAAACUAGCGAGUGGAAGGAGCGUGGCACUGGUGAUGUGCGCCUGCUCAAGCACCUGGAGAAUGGCAAGACCCGCCUAGUCAUGCGCCGGGACAAGACUCUCAAGGUUUGCGCAAACCACUAUAUCGUCCCCGAGAUGAAGCUUUCUCCCAAUGUUGGCUCCGAUCGAAGCUGGGUCUGGAACGCGGCCGCCGAUGUCAGCGAGGGAGAGCCCGAGGCUGUUACCAUGGCGAUCCGCUUUGCCAACUCAGACAAUGCCAACCAGUUCAAGGAUGCCUUUAUCAAGGCACAGAAGGAGAACGAGGCCCUUUUCAACAAGACUGAGGAGGUAACGGAGCAACAUAACAUCGACAAGCCAACGGUAGUGGAAGGAUGUCCUAUGAAGGAAUGGAGCAUCGAGGUCUACGUCCUUGACCAGGAUGGCAAAGAGCAUCCUGCCAAGUGCUUUACCAAGGUCGUCUACCAUCUUCACCCUUCGUUCGACAACCCCGACCAGACCUUCAAUGAACCCCCCUUCAAGUGCACAAACGAGGGAUGGGGAGAGUUUGAGAUGACACUUGACCUGUUCACGACCGAGAAGGGGGGAAAGAGCACCAUCACCCACGACUUAAACUUUGCUUCCCCAACCUACGAGCUGAUCUACCCAGUUCAAUUUAAGAACCCAUCGCAAGCGUUGCAACAGAUCCUCCGAGAAACGGGACCUCUCCCGUCCGACGAGGAACGCAAAAUCAAGAAGGCGGAUGGAGGGAAGAAGAAGAAGGCGUUCGAUGUGGAGAAGAUGGCGGAAGGUCUCAUCAAACUUAGCGAGGAUGACCUUCUUCAGGUGAUCCAACUUAUCCACGAUGGGAAGGAUGACUCUACAUAUGUCCAGAACAACGUCGACGCUGGGGAGUUCUCCGUGGACCUCUACACUCUACCGGAUGACUUGAUGAAGAAGCUGUGGGAUUACUUGGUCGGCCUUUACCUCUCUCACACAGUCCAGAAACCUUCAUGCUAACAGCUUAAUGCAGAAUCGAGCCAACGUCAUUGCUUAGCUGACAGGGACGGAGGCACGGACACCUUAGUCCAAAUCAUGCAUAACACCGGCGUAUUGGCGUCCCGCUGGCUAUCAUCCACCUGCAAUCUUCUGAGACCUUGCAGGGAGGAUGAGGGCAUCACCAAGCAGUAUGGCUUGGUUUAUCGGUUACACAGAGCUCGUCCACUUGGAGAGAUCCGCGGUUUCUAGGACGGAUAGAUUUCUCUGUCGACGGGCCCUGGCAGAAAAUGCUCAUGCGUUUUUAAUACGGGCAAACAAAAAGG